AUGGGUCUUUUAUGCGAGAAACAGUCUACCGUCUCGCCUGGAGUAGACGCAGCGUGGAAGGGACUGGGAAUUGAGUGGUUUCUAUUAUUCCGGAAGCGGAACGAAUCAGGGUUCUUUGUGAACGUGGAGGGAUUGCACCACUUACAUUGUCUGAAUAUUGUUCGCAAAGCACUUUAUUUCAACUACGAUUAUUACAGGGCCAUUCGCGACAACACGCCCAACGAUGAAGAUGACAUUAUCAGGUUCCACGUAAAUACUGUCCGGCAGGUGCUCAUGUGCAAUGUGGACAUGGGUGUGCUAGGGCAGCACAAAUGCAAAAACUGCGAGGCGGUUCUGGAGCGGGGGAAGGCGCAUCAGGCGCCACCUAACGAGGAACUUCCUCCUGGCUAUGUUGCCUACCGAAUGACGGCGAUGUGCUCCCAUUUAUCCCCUGAUCUCCAAGUAUAGGAUGAAUUCUACGCUAGGGCUGCCUGUGUCAAGCAAAACCGUUGAGUGCUCGGCGCUGAGCAGGGUCUUGGCACCGAGCGCGGGAAUGAGACGUUCCCAUUUGCUGGCCAUUUACAACUAUGUGUGCGGUGCGAAUUGGAGGCUGACACAAAUAGCACUGGACACUUCCUUCAUCGAAACCAUCUGUAUUUCAUAAAUGCUACAGAGGCCCGUUUAAUCUUGGAUUAAAAUGCAAGGCGUCACACAUACGUUAUCGGGCCCAUAACUAGUGUACAAUCCUCCCGCCGUCGCUUUUAAAGAAGAGCCAGCAAUUAGAUACACGUCUCCG